AUGGGUCCACUAAAAGCGAUAAUUGCCCCGUCGGUACUAGCGUCCAACAUAAGCAAGCUAGCUGAAGAAACACAACGAAUGGAAAGACUAGGGGCAGAAUGGAUACAUCUAGAUGUCAUGGACAUGCACUUUGUCCCUAAUUUGUCGUUUGGGCCACCGGUUAUUAAUGAUUUAAAAAAAUAUACAAAAGGUAUAUUCUUUGAUGUACAUUUAAUGGUUGAACACCCGGAAAAAUACGUAGGGUUACUAAAAACGUCAGAUCAAAUAACUUUCCAUUUUGAAGCCUUAAAUGAAGACACAGAAAGAUGUAUAAAUUUAGCUAAAGAAAUAAGAAACAAUAAUUUAUGGUGCGGAGUUUCUAUUAAGCCAAAAACAGACGUAGAAAAAAUUGUACCAUUACUAGAAUCUAAUUUAAUAAAUACGGUUUUAGUGAUGACUGUAGAGCCCGGUUUUGGAGGGCAGUCAUUUAUGCAUGAUAUGAUGAGCAAAGUUUCAUUUCUUAGAAAAAAAUACAAAAAUUUAAAUAUUCAGGUAGAUGGUGGUUUGAAUAUAGAAACCACGGAAAUAUCUGCAUCUCAUGGUGCCAACAUUAUAGUUGCUGGAACAAGUAUUUUUAAAGCAGACGAUCCCAAAUUUGUUAUUGAUAUGAUGCGGGAAUCUGUUCGCAAAUAUUUGCAAAAUUAA